AUGAUCCUAGAUGGCGGCAUGCAUGCUGUGCCGGAUAACGACGUGUUACAGAGUGACGGCGCUCGUAACCAGGACCUAGCGCGAUUCGGAAACGAGAGUCGAUGGAGACAAGCUUUGGAGGGAAACGACGGAAAGGAAACGCAGAGCACCACGAGAGCAACAUACCUCCACCUGAAGCGUGCAGAGCGCGGUUACCGGCGGAACUACAACGCUUACCGGUGGAACCGGAGAACGAAGACGGCUUCUUCAGCCAGACUCACAACGGACAUGGCGCGUAAUGCUCAACACGGCACCAGCAUCCCGAGAUCACCCGGAUGGUCAUCGAUUCACUUCUCCGUGCUAGGCCUAACAUACCCCGAACACACCCUCAGAUACCACAGACGCGACCCAGUCGCGUCCCCACGCAUGAACCAGAUGAUAGCUCUACUCUUUCUACUACUUUUCAACAUCCCGGUAGCCCAGUGGCGGCCCUCUCUUCUCCCUUAA